AUGGACUCAGACAUCCCAGAAGCCUUCCAGAAAGAGCUCACCUGCCUCGUGUGCCUGAAUUACCUUCUAGACCCAGUUACCAUAGGCUGCGGGCACAGCUUCUGUUGGUCCUGUCUCUGUCUUUUCUGGGAGCAAGCCAAAGAUCCUGCCCGUUGCCCAGUGUGCAGGCAACAAUCAGAGCAGACCAGCCUCAAAACCAAUUUUCUUCUGAAGAAUCUGGUGUCCAUCGCCAGAAAAGCCAAUCUCAGGCGGUUCCUGAACUCUGAGGAACAUGUGUGCGGGACACACAAGGAGACAAAGAAGAUAUUCUGUGAAGCCGACAAGAGCUGGCUCUGUGUGGUCUGCUCUCAAAGUCAGGAGCACAGGGCUCACAGACACCGUCCCACUGAGGAGGCUGCUGAGGAGUCCUGGGAGAAGCUGUCAAACCAGAUGAGAUCUUUAUGGGAAAAGAUCCAAGAAAUUGAAAGAAAUCUCAAGAAAGAUGGCAGAGGAACUGACCCUUGGAUGUUUUACGUGUAUCGACAUGGAGACAUGAUUAGGAAAACUUAUCAGAUGUCACCUCCAUUUCUCCAGGAGGAAGAAAAUUACUGCAUAGAGAGUAUUAUAAAUGAAGGCCAAAAGUUGUGUAAGCAAAUCAGAAAAAGGCAAGAGGAAAUGAUUGGAAAGAAGACAGACCUCAGAGUAAUACACAAAGAGCUCAUGAACAUGUGUUCUAAACCAGACGUGGAGCUGCUCCAGGAAUUGGAAGUCAAACUGAAAUGGAGCGAGUCGGCACAGCUGCACCUGCCUCAGCCUCUGCUGCCAGAACUCCGUGCACGACCCAUGUCUGGGCUGAUGGACUGGCUCAGCCGCUUCCGAGUAAAAGUUUCAUUCAAUAACGAAGUAAGCAGUCAGCACAUCAGGCUGUUUGAUGAUGCGAGAAGUUUGACGUGUACACAUGACAGCCUCUAUGCGUCUUCGGAUGGUGGAACGUCACAGUAUUCUGCUGCAUGGGGAGCCCGGGGCUUCACCUCUGGCAAACAAUACUGGGAGGUGCAUGUGGACAGCUCCUGGGACUGGGCUGUAGGCGUCUGUAAGGAUUCCUGGAUAAGGAAGGAGGACAGCAUACUGAAGGAAUCCAACAGGGACAACUUUCUCCUUGUGUGUGUGAAGGAGGACCAUCAUUACCGGCUCUGGACCACCGCCCCGACCACUCCUGUGUACAUAGAGAAACCCCUGGGCAGGGUUGGUGUGUUCCUUGACUUUGACAGUGGGAGUGUGAGUUUUGUGGAUGUUGCCAGGCGCUCCCUCCUUUGGAGGUACGAGGAUGGUGUGUGCACUUUCCCUGUCAGGCCUUUCAUUUGCACUGGCCACACGUGA